AUGUUUAUCGACCAUCGAACGCUGACGGCAGAGCGCCCAGAAACUCAUGGCGACACCAACGACGAUGAUGACGACGACAACGGCGGCGACAAUAGCGGCAAGCUGCUGCUGCUGCUGCUGAAGCAUUCCACAUGCCACAUGCCUCACGCCAUGUUGCACAGAGUCAGCGCAAGCGAAUUUACAACAAAUUCUUUCCCUGCCAUGCAGCAUUGCAAAGCUCUGAGCAAGCGGCAGGCAGGCAGGCAGCAGCAACAACAACAACAACAGCAGUCCCAGAGCAAUCAUAAAAACAAUAGCAAUAACAAUGUUUAUGGCCAACAGCAGCCAAAGCAGAAGUGCCAACAACAAUCGUUAUUGUUACGAGCAGACAGCCACUACAGACAGCAAAAGGGUGCCACCAGUCAAACUUAA